GCUCUGAUCAUGUGUGCCCACUCAAGUCCUCGGCUUCCUGUGUAGCAGGUGGCCUACGCCCUGAUGGCCCGAAAUGGCCCGCUAGUGUUACAUCAAUUCGUCAGCCUCACACCCUCAGCCUCAGCCUUACCCGCACCCAGACUCCUGCCUGCCAUGCCGCGCCCACAAUGAAUGGGCAUCGCCUUCCUUCUGCCCCCGUGCAACGUGCUUCCCCUCUCUGAGUCCUGCGCAGCGCAUUCAUAUGAGGUGCUGGAGCCAUCUUGACGCAUUUGCAACAGUGCGGCUGCCACUCGUCAAAGAUGGGCUUCCGUCUUUUCGUGCCUUCGGGCGAAGGACAGUACCGGAUUGUCCCUCGGAGACCAGAGUGCCUCGGUGCCAAUGCGACGUUGCAGUGGGCAGUCCUCGGCUCGACUGCCGCCGCCGCCGCAUACACGUCUAUCGCCACACGAUACGACCACGGAGCAUCUGCAGGUCAUGUGCUGCCCCGGACCGCGCUGUUCUUACGCUCUUCGGCGAAGCUGGCUUUGUGCGCCGGCGCAGUAGGUGCUGCGGCCAAUUGGUACUACGACUCGCGGUUCAAGUCGGUCGUGCUGUCAGACACGAGCGGUGAGGUCAAGCCGUGGACGCUGUACGAAAGGACGCGCGAGUUGACGGUGGACGAUGGCUGUCUGGUCGGCGCAGGCUUGGGGCUCGCGGCUUCUGUGCCUGCCCUCUUGAUGCGCCGCUUGGCAGCACCACGCUGGACACGGUGCCUGGGCCUGGCCAACAUAGGAGCUUGUGCUGGUAUAUUGGGUGCGCAUGCGCAUCUGCACUUCACCGGCGAACGGCAGAAGGCCUACCGGAGCCUCGAACGGCGACUCCAGAGACGCUCACUCGAGUUCUGGCGUCUGUUCUGGGCCAAGCAGUCGAUGUCGAGCUUCAACCCUCUGGUCCAGCUGUACAUCCGUCACAACGCCUUGUGGUAUGCACAGCAGCUCCCAUCGUCUGCUUUCGAGCACGCAGACGGUCUUGAUCCCGAUUCUUCCGACCUCCCGGAUUCGAACACUGCUACGAACGGCCCCGAUUCCACCCCUACGCACCAAGACCAACCGUACUACGUGCCCCCGUUCGACUAUGCCGAGGAUCUCAAGUACAUCAGCGUCGAGGCCACGCGCGCCAAGAUAGAAGAGCACGAAGCGGAGAUCGCGGCGUUGCUCAAGGAGGCCGAGUUCAUAUUGUUUGUCAGCGCGCACAGGCAAUACGAGUACUGCCAUCUGCACGAGUCAGACGAUGAAAGGCGACGGCAGCGUCUGGAGGAAUUACAGCUUUUGCAGAUCACAUACAACAAGUUGCGCAGCGCAGCCGAAAUACUGCAGUCAAGACUCAUCAACUGGCGCAUGUCGCUGCAGCACAAGGCCAUUGUAGACUCACCUGAAUCUGCGACUGGCUCGGUCGAUGCGUGGCUGCCACAGUCGACGCACAGUUUUGAGGUACACAACCCAGAGCUCUCGAUUCAGGAGCUUGAACGCACACAAGCGGCCUUAGACGCUGAGAUCAGGAGCUUCGAGGCAAGCAUCGCACAUCCUGGCUACACCAAGGGAGAGAAGGAUCGCUGGAGGAUGGACUUGGAGGACGGGAGGUCACUGCAGCGGGUCGCAGACAAGAUCGUCUGGGAGUUUGAAAAGAUGCAAGGGACCGCGUGUAACAAGCCUACCAGCGAGCCGGUUGCAAGUGCACAGGUGGAUGCUACGGCUGCUACGAAGCCGACUGGUGGAAACCUGGAGGUAGACAAAUCAUGAUACCCAUUUCCCAUUACCUUCAACGGUCAAAGCCAUCUUUCGACCUCCGCUCGUGCCACGCUGCUUUUGACUUCCAUCCCUAAUCGUGGAAGUCUUCAGCCUUUCCGCAAUUGGCAAUCCUUGGUUCGUGCCAAAAGCUAAAUAAUACGGACUCUGAUCAUCAUUGAUAUGUAGCUGGACAGUCCAUGAAGAGAAAGUGUGGGUGGACGUAGGCAAACUUCGAUUUGACAUCUCGGGGCCAAACGUAAUACAUAAGGCGCAGGCAAUAACGGAAUCUUCAG